UCUCUUCCCCCUUCUCCCUGGAGACCACAGGGGUUGAGUUUGAGUUACUGGUAAGCGGAUCCUAGUUGAAGCAGGAAAGCAGGGAUUCAGGGGCUCGGCAGGCACUCCAGGCGGACGAGGCUGACCCCACUACUGAUGGGAGUGACGGCUGCCCAGAUCGUGCCCCCCAAGAGCCCCUGGCCACAGAGAACAGCCAGAGAGGGGGAGGAGAAGAAGGCUGGACUCCACAGAAAGAGAAAGGAGUUUGUGGACUCCUGCAAUCAGGUUAGAAAGUGAGUGAAUCAUAAGUCGAGGGGAGGGUGGGAGAGAGGGGAGAUGGAGAGCAGCCAGCGAGAGAAAAUCCAAAUUUGGAAGCGGCCUGCCUUGAGAGGCCAGGAGAUCCAGAGAGGCAGUCAAGCGGAGGAAGAGGCAAAGCGUAUGCAGGUGGAGAGGGGAGCAGGGUCAGUGCAGCAAGAGGCAGGCGCCCUGCUCUCUCCCAAGGCAGCCCCAGCAACUUUGCAAGUCAGGGGAGCCCAAGGCAGAGGAGGGGAGGCCAGCCUGGUAGCAGCGGAGAGGCUGGAGCACAACGGGAUGCCCCUCAAUGGAGAGGCAAAGGCAUCAGCGUCGUCAGGGAAGCCUGUGCGCUACCUGGAGGUGCGCCUCAAGAUCCGCGACUACCGGCACACUUGCAAGAAGCAGCUCUACAACCUCAUCAGCUGCUUCGUCCGCUUCAUCUCAGGCAACCUGUCAUCCGAAGACAGCAGCGACAGCGAGCUCGAGCUCUCGACCAUCCGGCAUCAGCCAGAAGGGCUGGACCAGCUCCAGGCUCUGACCAAGUUCACCAAGAAGGAGCUGCAGUCCCUCUAUAGAGGCUUCAAGAACGAGUGCCCCAGCGGCUUGGUGGAUGAAGAGACCUUCAAACUGAUCUAUGCUCAGUUCUUCCCACAGGGAGAUGCCACCAUGUACGCGCAUUUCCUGUUCAAUGCCUUUGAUGUGGACCGGAAUGGAGCCAUCCGCUUUGAGGAUUUUGUCAUUGGCCUCUCCAUCUUGUUGCGUGGGACGGUGCAUGAGAAGCUCAACUGGGCAUUCAACCUUUAUGACAUCAACAAGGAUGGCUAUAUCACCAAGGAGAUGUUGGCAAUAAUGAAGUCCAUCUAUGACAUGAUGGGCCGCUACACCUACCCAAUCUUGCGGGAAGAUGCUCCCAUUGAACACGUGGAGAAGUUCUUCCAGAAAAUGGACAAAAAUCAGGAUGGCGUGGUCACUAUUGAGGAGUUCCUAGAGACUUGUCAGAAGGAUGAGAACAUCAUGACCUCCAUGCAACUGUUUGAGAAUGUCAUCUAGGGCGCCACCGCCAGGGAUCCUGCCACGUCUCUCCCGACCCACCUGCCUCCUUGGCCUGCACUUGGACAGACCUGUCCAUCUUUCUUGUGAAGCACACACGUCUUUCCGAGGAAACAAAGAAAACAACCAAAAAACUCUUUUUAUAUUUCAGGGAGGGGGGAAAUAAAAGACGGAAAGGGAAA